UGGUUGAUCUCACAGCAGAUUCCUCAGUUUGAAGAUGUUAAGUUUGAGGCAGCCAGCCUUCUGUCCGAACUGUAUUGUCAGGAGAAUUCAGUGGAUACAGCAAAACCUCUGUUACGCAAAGCCAUCCAGAUUUCCCAGCAGACUCCCUACUGGCACUGUAGAUUGCUUUUUCAACUUGCACAACUACAUACACUUGAAAAAGACUUAGUAUCUGCAUGUGACCUUCUCGGAGUAGGAGCAGAAUACGCUCGGGUGGUAGGAUCAGAGUACACCAGAGCACUGUUUCUGCUAAGCAAGGGGAUGCUCCUUCUAAUGGAACGCAAGCUGCAGGAGGUGCACCCUCUCCUCACCCUCUGCGGACAGAUAGUUGAAAACUGGCAAGGAAACCCCAUCCAGAAAGAGUCGUUACGCGUGUUCUUCUUGGUCCUGCAGGUCACGCAUUACCUGGAUGCUGGGCAGGUGAAAAGUGUGAAGCCCUGCCUGAAACAGCUUCAGCAGUGCAUCCAGACCAUCUCCACGCUGCACGACGAUGAAAUUCUGCCCAGCAACCCCGCUGAUCUCUUCCACUGGCUGCCCAAGGAACACAUGUGUGUGCUUGUUUACUUGGUGACAGUGAUGCAUUCCAUGCAAGCGGGGUACCUGGAGAAGGCUCAGAAGUACACAGACAAAGCACUCAUGCAGCUAGAGAAGCUAAAAAUGCUGGACUGCAGCCCUAUCUUGUCAUCUUUCCAAGUUAUUUUGUUGGAACACAUUAUCAUGUGUCGGCUUGUCACGGGACACAAAGCCACAGCGUUGCAGGAGAUUUCCCAAGUCUGUCAGCUCUGCCAGCAGUCUCCCAGACUAUUUUCCAAUCACGCUGCCCAGCUGCACACUCUGUUAGGGCUCUACUGCAUUUCUGUUAAUUGCAUGGACAAUGCAGAAGCACAAUUUACUACAGCACUGAGGCUCACUACACAUCAAGAACUGUGGGCGUUUAUUGUGACAAACUUAGCCAGCGUGUACAUCAGGGAAGGCAACCGGCACCAAGAGCUUUACAGCUUAUUGGAAAGGAUAAAUCCGGACCAUAAUUUUCCUGUGAGCUCUCACUGUCUACGAGCAGCGGCUUUCUACAUCCGAGGUCUGUUUUCCUUCUUCCAAGGAAGAUACAACGAGGCAAAACGAUUUUUGCGAGAGACAUUGAAGAUGUCAAAUGCAGAAGACUUGAAUCGAUUAACAGCAUGUUCUCUCGUGCUCCUGGGUCAUAUAUUCUACGUGUUAGGGAAUCACAGGGAAAGUAAUAACAUGGUUGUACCAGCCAUGCAGCUCGCAAGCAAGAUCCCGGAUAUGUCUGUGCAGCUCUGGUCAUCAGCUCUGCUGAGAGACCUGAACAAAGCCUGUGGGAACGCCAUGGACGCGCACGAGGCAGCACAGAUGCAUCAAAACUUCUCCCAGCAGCUCCUCCAGGACCACAUCGAAGCGUGCAGUCUUCCAGAACACAAUCUCAUCACGUGGACAGAUGGACCACCUCCUGUACAGUUCCAGGCACAGAACGGACCCACCACCAGCCUGGCCAGUCUCCUGUGAGAAAGCAUUAACUAUCAGGACAGUGUGUUUAAAAAAGAAAGAAAGAAAAAGAAAAAAAAGCCAAAAAA